AUGGGACAACCGACAAGCAAUGAGGACAUCACAGACAUGCCAGAGGACACCCAGGUUGCCAUGGAAACCAUAGCAGGCACCUCCAUCAGUUUGGCGUGUUGCGGCUAUGUGUUGGAGAUAGUUUGGGUUGAGCGAUUCACCACGCGCCAAACGCCUGCAUGUCCGGACUGUACCAAAGCGUUUACCUGGGUUGACCUGGAACGGUGGGCCAAGGACAGCGCUACCUUAGCGGCCUUCGGGGAUGGAUUUUACAAACGCUAUCACGCAGUGGUUACCACACGACGUUCGGUUGAUUCAGACGCUAUUGCUGGUUUCCAGCUGGCAAUUACAGGUCUUUUAGCGGAGCAAGUGGACGGCACCACAGCCUCUGCGCAGUACACUCGUACUGGCAACGGCUGUGGGUAUGCGGGAGAUCACCCCACAGACAACAGGCAUCUCGAUGAAGGCAUGGCUAAGGCAAAAAAGGCCCAAUUAUUGGCCGAUGAUAGGCUGGAGAAACACCUUCUCGGGGUGACUGCGUCUGUGACGAUUGUGCGAGAAAAAGGCAGAGGGGUGUUCUUUAUCGCCGUGCCAUUGUUUUACCACUCGUUUCUGG